AUGUACCGUACGUUCGCGGCAGUGGCCGCCCACCCGACGGAGACCGCCGGCACUGCCUCCCGCCUCGUCUUUGGCUGGGCCAAGCCCUUGCUCUACCUCGGCAACCAGCGCAAGCUGUCGCCCGACGACCUGUACCCGCUGCCAUCGGCGAGCCAGGUCGGUCCGCUCACUUUGCACUUUGCUGACGUGUACGAGCACAAGGAUGGCGGUCUUCUCGCCACCUUCUUCUCCAUUUACUAUGGCCGCUUCCUUUGCAUUGGCCUCAUGCAGUGUCUCUCGGUCCUCGGCGACCUCUACGGCCCCGGCUACGUCCUCGGUGCGCUCCUCCGCGCCGUCGCCGCGCCGGUCGUUGACAUGCAAGUGGUGCUCACGCUCAUUGGGUCAUUGUACCUCGUGCAACUCGUCAACGCAUUCCUCAAGGCGCACUUGACGUACAUGAACGAGAGCCUCGGGCUUGAGUUCUCGUCGUCACUGCGCGCGAUGCUCUUUGAGAAGGUGCUCCGCCUCCGCGCCGUCGCGUCCUCGUCGUCGGUCGCGAAAGAAAAGAUGGCCGCCGACAUCGCCAAUCUCAUCUCGACGGAUACGAUCAACGUCAUGGGCUUUGCAACGAGCAUGCACUCGAUGUGGAUCGUGCCGCUGCAAAUUGCGGCCGUGCUCUACCUCCUCUACUCGAACGUUGGCUGGUCCAUCUUUGUCGGCCUCGGUGUCGUCGCGAUCAUCUUGGUCAUCAACGCGAUCGCAGCCAUGCUCAUGGGUGCCGAGCAAGCGCGCUGCUUUGAGCUCAAGAACGACCGUAUGGAGGUCCUCCAACAAGUGUUUGCCGCGAUUCAAACCAUCAAAAUGGACGUGCUCGAGACGCAGUACGAAGCCAAAAUCAAGGCGCUGCGCGGCCUCGAACUCGCGUCGGUUCGCACGCUUAUGCGCAUCCUCCUCGUCCUCGUCUCGUUUAUGAACUGCACGCUGCUCCUCGUGACACUCGUUGUCGUUGCAACGUUUACGCUCUGGAUGCAGCAAACGCUGACCGUCACGAUCGUCUUUUCGACUCUCGCGCUCUUCAAGCCGCUUCAGGACGCGCUUGUGAACCUCCCGAUUGCGCUUAUGGCGAUGGUCCAGUCGCUCACGUCGGUCCAGCGCAUCAACGACAUCUUGCUCCUCGAUGAAGUGAGUGCGGCUACAAGCGUCUGGGGCCCGUCGCACCCGCUUGCAGCCAUGUAUGCCAACGAAGGUGUCGUCGUCGCGAUCGAGACGGGCUCGUUUGCGUGGCACGCGACCUCCGGUCCGAUCCUUCGCAACAUUCACCUCCGCCUCCGACGCGGCGAGCUCGCCGUGCUGCACGGCGCGGUCGGCCAAGGCAAGUCGUCGCUCGUCGCAGCGCUCCUCGGCGAGAUGCAAAAGCUCUCCGGCUCGGUCUUUGUCGGCGGCCAAGUGGCCUACCUUGCGCAGCAGGCGUGGAUUCAAGUCGUCGCUCAAAACACGACGAUCCGCGAAAACAUCCUCUUUGGCCAGCCGUACGACCAUAUCAAGUACGAGAAGGUUCUCGACGCGUGUGCGCUGACAAAGGAAGUUGGCGCCAUCGGCGACUUGGCCGAGAUUGGCCUCAAGGGUGUCGCCCUCACUUGCAGCCAAAAGGCCCGCAUCGCACUGGCGCGCGCGUGCUACAGCGACGCCGACAUUCUGCUUCUGGACGCGCCCUUGGCGGCACUCGACCCGAGUAUGGCCAGCGAGAUCUUUACCAAGUGCAUUCUCGGCCUCUUGGCCAAGAAGACGGUGCUGCUCGUGACGCACAACAUGGAGAUCAUCCAGUCGCCCAGUGUGCGCCGCAGCCUCCUCCUUCAAGGCGGACGGCUCCACGAAGCGUCGCGCGACCCGCCCAAGAUGCUGCGCCGCGCCGUCUCGAGUGUUGUGGCCAACAAACCGCGCACGCUGCACCGGGCGCCGUCGUCGGUCAUUGACGCCAAGCCCGAGAGUAGUAGCCGGCCCCUCCAGCGCAUGGCCUCGAGCGCAACCGAGACCAAGCCGGCGCGAACGCUCCACCGUGCCGUGUCGGCGGCCGUUGAAGCAAAGUCGGACAUGCCCCAGCGUCGACUCCACGACCUCCUCGGCUCCCCGUCGCACCAGUCAGUGCGCAGCCUUCAGUUGCCCGAGACGCUUGCGCCCUUGGCCGAGGAUGCGCCAAGUGUCACCGAGUCGAGUCGGCUGCUCCUCGACGACGACAGCGACGACGAUGGCAACGGACACGUGUCGACGGCCAUUGUUGGCGGCUACGUGCGUGCGAUGGGUGGGUGCGUCGCCGUGUGCACCAUUCUCUUGCUCACGACGAGCCUCCAACUGCUCCGAAUCGGCAGCGACUUGUGGCUCACGCACUGGGCCAUGGCGCCGGCCUCCACGUUGUUUGGCUACGAUCCCAUGGCGCUCUACGCGGGACUUGCGCUCGGCAGCUGCGUCCUCGUCGCCCUUCAAACGUACGCAGUGAUUGCGUUCGGGCUCCGCGCGUCCCAGCACAUGUUUGGUGCGAUGCUUUCCGCGCUCUUGGCAGCGCCCAUUCGAUUCUUUGCCUCGACGUCGACGGACGCCGUGUGCAGCCGCUGCAGCGACGACGUGGUCGCGUGCGACUUUAGCAUCCCGUUCACCCUCGGCCCGAUCCUCUUUGAGGUCUCGUCGUUUCUGGCGACGCUUUUAACGACUCUCUAUGUCACGCGCUGGCCGGCGCUUCUCGUGCUGCCUCUUCUCUACCUCGACUACAAGCUCGGCGCGUUCUUUCUCGAGCCGCUCCAUGAAGUGCACCGCCUCGAGAACGCGUCGCGCGCGCCGCUCUUGCAAGCGAUUGCCGAGGCCAUUGACGGUGCAACGACGCUGCGUGCGUUCAAAGAGACGGCCCGGGUCGAGGCGAGUGCGACGUUGAAGAUCGAGGCGUUUGGGGAAGCGCGGGCCGCGGCCACUGCGCUCAACGCGUGGUGUGCUUUGCGCAUGUCGCUUGUCAGCAGCACGGUCGUCGCCGCCUUUCUCAGCGGGCUGGUUGCGCUGCGCCAUCAACACGAGCUCAGCUUUGGCCUGCUGGGGCUCUUGAUCACAUACGUGCUCGCUAUGCCGGCCAAUCUCAGCUACCUGGCGACGAUGUGGUCGCAGCUCGAGGCUGCGAUGCGCUCGCCCGAGCGCCUCCAAGAGUACAUGGCGAUCGAGUCCGAAGGCGACGCGACGACGACACUCGCCAAUUGGCCCACGGCCGGUGCCAUCACGUUUGACGACGUGAGCUUUCAGUAUACGUCGGUCGACCCGCUCGUGCUCAAGAACGUCUCCAGCCUCAUGAUGGCGCUCUUCCGCAUGAACGACGUGGCGUCCGGGUCCAUUGCCAUCGACGGCGUCGACAUUGCCACCGUGGGUCUCCGUACGCUGCGCAGCCACCUCGCCAUCAUUCCGCAAAACCCCGUCCUCUUCAAGGGCACGCUGCGCAACUACUUGGAUCCGUUCGACGAGUACGACGACGCGUCGCUCUGGGACGUGCUCCAAAAGGUGCAGAUGGUCGACCGCGUCUCGCAGCACGACGAGAAGCUCCUCGGCCCCGUGGACGAGAACGGCGAGAACUUUAGCGUCGGCGAGCGCCAAAUGCUGUGCAUGGCCCGCGCCCUCCUUCGGCAAGCCAAGGUCGUCGUGCUGGACGAAGUCCUGACGGUGACCGACCACGCCGUCGACAAGGUGCUCCGAACCGAGUUUGCGGCGUCGACGGUGCUCACGAUAGCGUACCGCUGCGAAACAAUGCUUGCCUGCGACCGGAUUCUGGUGCUGGACCAGGGAGCUCUGGUGCACAGCGGGUCCCCCAAGGCGCUCCUCAAGCAGCGCCACGAGCUCUUCUUAGAGCUCCUCCGCGACGGUGGCUACACUGGCAAGAUGCACUGACAAGGCUAGAUAUCAAACUACAUCAG